AUGCACGCCGCAGUCAGGAUGGAGGCCAGGCCCGGGCCGGGCCUGCGGCUGGCGCUGCUGCUGCUGCUGGUGCUAGGGACCCCCGAGCCCGGGGUGCGGGGGCAGGACGGGCUGGACUUCCCCGAGUACGACGGCGUGGACCGGGUGGUCAACGUCAACGCCAAGAACUACAAGAACGUGUUCAAGAAGUACGAGGUGCUGGCGCUGCUCUACCACGAGCCGCCCGAGGACGACAAGGCCUCGCAGAGACAGUUUGAGAUGGAGGAGCUGAUCCUGGAGCUAGCAGCCCAAGUGCUCGAAGACAAGGGUGUUGGCUUCGGGAUGGUGGACUCUGAGAAGGACACAGCUGUCGCCAAGAAACUAGGACUCACGGAAGAGGACAGCAUCUACGUGUUCAAGGGAGACGAAGUCAUUGAGUAUGACGGCGAGCUCGCUGCUGACACCCUGGUGGAGUUUCUGCUUGAUGUCCUAGAGGACCCCGUGGAAUUGAUCGAGGGUGAACGAGAGCUGCAGGCGUUUGAGAACAUCGAGGAUGACAACAAACUCAUCGGCUACUUCAAGAGCAAAGACUCAGAGCAUUACAAGGCCUUUGAGGACGCCGCAGAGGAGUUCCACCCGUACAUCCCCUUCUUCGCCACCUUCGACAGCAAGGUGGCAAAGAAGCUGACCCUGAAGAUGAACGAGGUUGACUUCUAUGAAGCCUUCAUGGACGAGCCCGUGACCAUCCCAGACAAGCCCAACAGCAAAGAGGAGAUUGUCAGCUUCGUGGAGGAGCAUAAGAGAUCCACCCUGAGGAAACUGAAGCCUGAGAGCAUGUACGAGACCUGGGAGGACGACAUGGAUGGGAUCCACAUUGUGGCCUUUGCGGAGGAAGCUGAUCCUGACGGCUACGAGUUCCUAGAGACUCUCAAGGCUGUGGCCCAAGAUAACACUGAAAACCCUGACCUCAGCAUCAUCUGGAUUGACCCCGACGACUUUCCCCUGCUGGUUCCAUACUGGGAGAAGACGUUUGAUAUCGACCUGUCAGCCCCACAGAUAGGAGUCGUCAAUGUGACUGAUGCGGACAGCAUAUGGAUGGAGAUGGACGAUGAGGAGGACCUGCCUUCCGCCGAGGAGCUGGAGGACUGGCUGGAGGAUGUGCUGGAGGGUGAGAUCAACACAGAGGAUGAUGAUGAUGAUGACGACGACGACGACGAUGAUGACGAUGAUGAUGACUAG